AUGGCACAAGAUGCGUUGGCAUUGAUGGAUUAUCUCAACUGGGAGUCUGCUCACGUGGUGGGAAUCAGUAUGGGCGGCAUGAUCUCGAUGGAGCUAGCAUUGGCAGCUCCAAAGCGAGUGAAGUCACUCACGCUAAUUGUAACAACUCGAGGGAGGUUCGUUGAGGAUCCUCGCUCCAAGGGACCCAUGAAGGAGACCAUGGAUGCUACCGACCCCGAUGCUGUCGCCAAGGCCCAGCUGAAGCUGCUCUACAGUGACGUUUACUUGGACCAGCCGAUGUCUUUCGGGGACCAGACUAGGCGUCAAGUCGUGUUCGAGUAUCUGGAGAAACGAGCCAAGGCACGGGUGAAGCCGGGUUUGCUCGGGACGAUCAACCAAUUUCUGGCUGUCCGUACGCACUGGAUUUCGGAUGAACGCCUUGCGGCCAUCAUCGAUGCUGGCUUCCCGAUUCUCCUGGUCGGAGGCGCUAUGGACAUCCUCAUUCCGCCACGUGAAAUGCAGGCACUGCGUCAGCACCUGAAAGGAGAUCACGUGGAGACGCUUUUCUUUGAGCAAGGCGGGCACGGCAUCAUUCUCCAGUACCCGGAAGAAAUCGCAGACAGUGUCACAGGGAUGUUGCUGCGUUGCUAA